UACUAGCAUCCCAUCUCUCGUUUUUUGUUAUUCAAAUUUUUUUUUUCGUUUUCAUUACUAAUUUUGAAUUUAUCGUAGCUUACUUAAAUUUGGGUUCCGGAACCCUAGAUUCGUUGUUGGCUCUGAUUGUGCCGAGAAAGCGUUAGAAAUAAUUCUUUAACCGUGCUUUUAGUGAAUUUUGUUAGGUCUGAGUCAAUCUGAAAUUCGACUUGAUGAUUUUUUUUUCUUAAAAACUAUUCAUCAUUGUUGCUCAUAAUUAUUCUAAACUCGAGAUUUGCUUCUUGGUCUCUGAGAUAAAGAAAGACUCAUAUGGGAAUGAUAAGAGUGCGAAAUAGAAGCGGCUUGUUUUACCUGCUGCUGAAAGUAGGAUGGGGAUUUAGAAUUAUGUAACAGUGAUUUUUUGAACGAGGAAGCAUUCGUUGUUGGUUUGCUGGUGAGAAAGAUUGAAAAUGAAUUUUGGCUCAGAUAUUGAUUCUGUAUUUGUGUACAGAGGUCAGGGAGUAAUAGUUACUUCUUUGAAACUGAAGCUCAACUGUAGUCUUAAGCUGUUAAUUUGACUUGCUUAAUACCGAUUAUAUGUGUGGACUGGGAAAACUAGCUUCGUGCCAGGUUGAGCAGCUUGAAGUGUACAGAAAGUAAUAAUUACAACUAUUUUCAAACUGAAGCUACACUGUGGUCUUAAGCUGUUAAUUUGACUUGCCUAAUGCCUAUUUUAUGUGUGCCAGUUUGGAGCAGUUUGGAGUGUAAAUGAAUUCUUAAUUUUAGAUUUUUAGCUAUGACUAACAGACUAAGGUUCUUUUUUAGUGCUAACCCUAAGGAUAAUUUUUUUUAUUGGCAGUGAAAACCCUAAGGACAAAUAAAUGUUCUGCUUUAUGUCCUGUAUGCUGUGCACAUUCAUUCAUGUGCACAAAUGCAUGUGCAUUUGUGUGUCUCUCCUAUGCGGCAUUUUACUUCUGUUGAUUUUUUUUUUUGUGUGUGUGCUUAUGUUGAAAUAUCUGUGUCAUCUGGUUCCAGGGUUAUGGAUUCAGAUAUGCAGAUGCCACCCCAGGAAAAUGCUGACAGGAAAACUGCAUUCCAUAAGCCUUUAAGUGAUGCAGCUAAUAGGAAGUAUCGUCGGCAUUCUCCAGUUGGUGGAUCAUCGUCAUCUGAUGGGAGUCCCAAGCAUGGCCGUAAAGGCAGUCCAUCAGCUUUAAGUAAAGAUCCUGCAAAAGUCUCAAUGAAUCGUCCAAGAAUCAAGGAUGAUAUGAGAGAGUUAGACAAGGAUUCUGGUCGACACCCUUAUGGCGGAGCUGCUGAUUCACAUAGACACUCUGAUCGUCAUUCCUCCAGGAGUUCCCUUGGUUACUCUAAGCAUGAUGACAAUAUCAGACAUGACAAGCAUGCCGAUGAUGGAGAAAAAUAUAACUACAGGUUAACUUCUCAUGCUGGUCGAGCAUCUAGAGGCAGUACUCGUUUUGAUCAUACAAGACAAGAUAGUGAGUAUGUCAGGUCAAGAGACUCUGGGGACAGAUAUCAUCGUGAUAGAUAUGAUAGUUCAGGGAAUAUAUACAAGGAGAAAGAUCCGUCUCAUGAAAAGCAAAAGUACAAAGGCAAGGAUUCAUCAGCUAAUAGAGCUUCAUCUGGUAGGAGACAUUGUAGCUCAAAUUCAGAGAAGGAGAGGGACCAGCAUAGGCGAGAUGGUCGAGAUGAGACAAGAGAUUACUACAGGAGAUCUGGGGACUACAAGAGUGAUCGUACACUCUCCUAUGAAGAAUCCCAGGAGCAUGGAAUUGAAAGGGAUCGCUUUAAGGAAGGUCGAAAGGAAACAGGAAGUCAAAGUCUUGUCAAGGAGGAAAGGAAGAUACAUGAUGAUCGAGAAGCUAAUAGGGACAGGGAUGGGCAUGGUAGAGCAGCAGGAGAGAAGGGUGAGAAUAUGCUUACAUUUGCAACUGAAAAUCAAGAAUCGUCUGCAAAAAAGCCAAAGCUAUUUAGCCCAGAUAAGGCGACUGAUUAUGAUAAAGAUGCUACUGAAAAGGAGUCUUCAAGCUCAAAGCAAGCACGUGAGAUGGAUGGUGAAACACAAGGAUGGGCUCUGGCAAAUGUCGCAGAGGCAGCUACUGAUCUAGAUUCUGCAAAGUCUGCUGCGAUGAGAGCUGCUGAAUUAGUUAACAGGAACCUUGUCGGGUUGGGUGUUUUGUCUACUGACCAAAAGAAGAAGCUACUCUGGGGUUCGAAAAAGAACACAAAUGUGGAAGAGCAGUCUACCCAUCCCUGGGAUGCUCCGCUGUUUGGAGAUCGUGAAAGACAGGAAAAAUUCAAUAAACUCAUGAGUCUGAGGUUGCCUUGGUACCUAUGGCCAAUUGUAGGGUGUGAAGGGCGAUGUCAAAGUGGAGCACAAGCCCGACAACCAAGAGGUUGGUGGCCUCCUCCAAGCCGAAAAGCAAAAGGAACUCCAGCUGGAUUUGGAGAAGCAAUAUACUGCUGGACUUCGAAGAAGAGAUGGCCGAACUGUCGGCUUAGGCCUUUAAGCGUCUGUACUUGUUCCUUCUGUAAUGCCAUAAAGAUAUUUCAUCACAUUUUGCUGCACUAUUCGCAAGAGCAAUGCUUCUUGCUCUUUUAUGCCUACUUAAUAUCAAAACUAGCUUUGUUACUGGAUAUAUCAGGUUUUUGCAACAAAAAAAAAAUAUGGGUCUUCUUGUGUGUUCUAUGACUGCCUUAAUCUCAUGGCCCCAUCAUGAUUAUUGUC